AUGGGUGACAACGUCUCAGAAAAAACUCCAACCCAGCAAGAUGUCUGUGAUGUUCUUCGAAGUUUGGAAUACGCACUGAAGAAUGGAAAAUCCAAGCCGGUGGAAGUCCUACGAUUAGCUACAGAAGUUUCUUCUUCCCUAAAUGCUCUUCGUUUCACUUCUUGCAAGUCGGCUAAAGACCGUACCGCAAUGUCCGUGUCCCUUGAGCAGGUUCGAUGGCUUAAAGAUGUUGAAGGAAUGCACAAAGAUAGCUUCUCUCCAGCUCUAAAGUGCCUACGAAGCACCGGUUUGCGACUGAGCAAUGUAGAGAAGAAUGUGAAUAUACGGAAGUACAAUUUCACUCGUCUCCAACUUCUCUCGUUUCCCAAAGCCUAUCGGCCCCCUGUAGGCACCUACUCUAUGCAUGUCCAAUCUUGA